AUGCUCUCAGCAUUCAUUGUUUCCAUCCAAAUGUUCGCCACAAUUGUGGUUCAAACCUUCUGCCAGCAAUGGCUUACUAUCUUAGAGGUCGUUGGCGACAUCAAGGUCGUCGUGGCCGAGGCACUCGAGUUCACCGCCGCCACUGAGCCACUCUGUGGUUUAUGCAUGGUGGUGAUUCUCCUGGGUUGCUUCCAGUUCACACACAGUCCUGUUUAUGCUCUCGUCCUGACUGUCGUCCUUGUGUUGGUUGUCUGUGCGUUUAUGGAUUGGGCAGAUAAGCCUACCGCAGAGACAUCCACGCAUUUGACGCGUCAUGACGCCCUCCAAGUUGCUGGUCUUGUCUUUGCUGACUGGACCGUGUUAACCAAUGCCAUUAACGAGUUCAAAGUCGCAAUAUUGAAUGGAUUCUGCCUGCCUUUGGGACAUUGGCUAUACCUUGUCUACCGCCACUUCCGUAAUAACCCACAGAAACUCAGCUACACUAUCAAGAUAAUUGCCAAGAUGGUCGCGGACGUGUUUCUCACGAUGGAAGGUCCACGGCAAAUGGAUGAAGUCGUCGAAGGUGGAAUUCAGUGGCUUUCGAGCUGCUACCGACCAAUUCUCACCGCUUUAUAUCGCGUACAACCCUUGUCGCGCUCCCCUUUCAAAUGUCUUGUGUGGCGCAUCAUGCAUCGAGGACAUGAAGAGUAUCUCGACCACCCAGAAGCGCUCAACAAGCAUAUCUGGCGAGCCACGAGAUGGGCAAUUCCUUCCAUCGACCCCAAUAUGCUCUGGUUCCACCCUCGGCCUCUCGGCCAGGGAGGCUUCGGCUGCGUUGUCAAGGCAUACUGCCCGUUUACUGGUGAGUAUUUCGCGGUCAAGAUGAUCCCGCGGCGUGCAAAGUCGCGUGAGGUAAGGCGGAUGGUAAGAAAGGAGGUCAUCUGCAUGCAAACGGUGCAGGGCCUGCCUGGGUUCGCGACGGUUCAUGGUGUGUUUAAAGACAACCGCAACUUUUAUAUUGUCAUGGAUUUCGGUGACUUGACCUUAAACGACCUUCCUCUCGAGGAAUAUACUUUUGAAGAGCGCAUUGGGUUUGCUCGUCAGCUGGCUACAGCAGUGCAAACCAUGCAUGAGAAGGGCAUUGUUCACCGUGACAUCAAGCCCGACAACAUCCUCAUCAGCAAUGACCGCUUAAUGGUGGUAGACUUUGGGCUCGCCCAGAACUUUGUCCAUCCGAUCGAUAUGCGCCGUGGGCGAUCCUUCUGGCCCGCUCGCAAUCGGGGCAUCUCCGUCGUUGCUGGGUCUCCUCAAUAUAUGAGCCCUGAUGUUGCUGCUGGAAAACCAUAUUCUUAUGGCGCAGACCUCUACCCGAUGGGCAUUGUUAUUCGAUGGCUCCUCUCUGGCGCUCAUCCGGAAGUCGACAAGCUGGCCUUGGUCGGUGACCUUGAUGGCACGCAACUUCCCAAUGAAGUGGAUCACUUCCUGCUUAAAAUUUUCGCCUUUGCGGAAGGGACGCGGCGAUUCCGCAAUUGGGACGAGAUCAAUGGCCACGAGAUCUGGACAGCCAAGAAGGAACAAUAA